GUCUGAGCCUCAGCCAAUCAGAGCCGCGGAAUCAGUCAAAGCCGGAAGUCGUCACCGCUGGCAGAGCAGUAUUCCCGCGAAGAUUGAGACCUCUCCCUGGCCCAGUUUCCUGGUUUCUCCUGUAACAGCACCAUGAGUAAGAGGAAGCUGACAGAUGCUCAUUUGCCAGUAGGAGAAUGCAUCACACAGGUUCAGGAGAUUUUAAGGGAGCGACUUUGCUGUCAGAAGCUCCCCGACAGGCCGGAGGGAGUGGAAGCUCAACACAAACACCUCCUGGAGCUGCUGAAGCGGACGGCCGUCCACGGGGAGAGUAACUCGGUGCUAAUCGUCGGCCCCAGGGGAGCCGGAAAAACAAUGCUGCUGAAGUGUGUGUUGAGAGAUCUGCUAGAGGACAAAGAAGUUCAGAAAAACCUGCUGCAGGUCCAUCUCAACGGUCUCCUCCAGACGGAUGACAGAAUAGCGCUUAAAGAAAUAACGCGGCAGCUCCACCUGGAGAACGCUGUCGGUGACAAAGUGUUUGGCAGCUUUGCAGAGAAUCUGGCUUUCCUGCUGGAGGCAUUGAAGAAAGGUGAUCGCAGCAGCAGCCGCCCGGUGUUGUUCGUCCUGGAUGAGUUCGACCUGUUCGCCCACCACAAGAACCAGACGCUGCUCUACAACCUGUUCGACGUCUCCCAGUCUGCCCAGGCUCCCAUCGCUGUGGUCGGCAUCACCUGCAGACUGGAUGUUUUGGAGCUGUUGGAGAAGCGGGUGAAGUCGCGGUUCUCCCACCGUCAGAUCCACCUGCUGAGCAGCCUGACGUUCCCUCAGUACCUGGAGCGGGUCCGGACCCAACUCAGCCUGCCGGACGACUUCCCCGACGGCAAGUUCGCCGAGGACUGGAACGCCAGCGUGAAGACUCUGUGUGAAGACAAAUCGGUUGAGGACGUUUUACAGAGACACUUCAACUCCAGCAAAGACGCCCGCUCAAUGCACAUGCUGCUGAUGUUUUGUCUGAGUCGUGUGUCUGUAUCCAGACCUGCCAUCAAACCUGCAGACCUGCUGGAGGCCAGCAGACUGUGUUUUGCUGACGCCAAGGCCAACAUGCUCCACGGUCUGUCCAUCUUGGAGCUGUGCCUGAUCAUCGCCAUGAAGCACCUCAACGACGUCUACGAAGGAGAGCCGUUCAACCUCCAAAUGGUUCACAACGAGUUUAAGAAGUUCCUACAGAGGAAGUCGAACUCCAUGUACAACUUCGACCAGCCUGUCAUCAUGAAGGCCUUCGAGCACUUGCAGCAGCUGGAGCUGAUCCGACCCGUCGACAGCUCCUCGGCCAAAAUUCAGAGGGAAUACCAGCUCAUGAGGCUCAUGAUAGACCACAGUCAGAUCAUGGAGGCGCUGCAGAAGUACCCACAAUGCCCCACUGACGUCAAGCAGUGGGCCAUGUCGGCGUUCGGCUAGCGUACAUGUGGACACUGAAAGUGGAAACAAGCGCUACAGCUCGAACCGAGGGCCAAAAUUAAAACUAUCCGAACUGAACCAGGGAAAAAACAUGGUUGUUUCACGUCAGGAUUAUUUUACUCAAGAGUAUUAAGUUUGUUGUGGAGCAGAGUUAAAUUAUCAGGAAAUAAAAGGUGAGAUUUGUACUUUUUGUGUACUUUUUUUUUUUUUCUUUCUUGAUCCAUUUCACCCAAAGAAAUCAGUUUGUGUAAAGCAAUUCACUUGCAGACUUACUUUUUUAAAUUAUCUACAACAAAACUUUAAUAAUCCAUCAGAUCAUCAACAUUUCACAAUAUCCAGCUGUGGAUGUAUGUUUUCUAAAAACUAUUAAAGUCAUAUUUAUGUUACAAACUUUCUGUAAGCCUUUAAACAAAAAGGGAUUUUAUAAACUAAAGAUUUGGAAAAAUAGUAUAUUCUGUUAAAACGAUAUGGUUCUGAGUAAAACAAGAAAUCUGUUUGGAAAUAGGCUGGUGUCUACACUUCCAGCUGCUGAAUGCUGCCACCUAGUGGUGUAAGUCUGCAGGAAAACAUAAGCCUGGACAGGAGGUACACAAACCCUCAUUAGAUGAAAGAAUGCAAUUUUAAUUUCUGGCUAUAAGCCUGAACAUUUCUCGUCAGUGAAACAGGCGUUCCUCGGUCCUGCAAAUUAGUUUUCAUUCAAAAGCAUGCAACAAUAAAUACACUUGUUUUUAAAUUCCAUUUACUAAAUAAGUUAUCUCCGACUUGUGUCCCUCUGGUACGUUUUUAAAAGUCUUGCUCAAGGACACAUGGAGGAAAAUCUCAUUCCUCUCUUCAAAGAAGUUUCCGAGCAAACCUGAUUACAUAAAGGCUAAUGGAAGUUUUGUAAUAUUCCUUGAAUGUAAAAGUACACUUCAGAAGAACAUAUCAAAAGAACUAAUUUUCCUUUCUUGUUCACAUGAAAAUGCAGUUUCAAUGUUGUAGCUGGCCUAAAUACUCAUUGGGUUAGAUUUUAUUUAGUCAUUGUAUAAUUUGUACACCAAAUAAUUACCUAAUACGUUUCCUGGAAAGGAAAUAUAACUUGGUACUUUCUGCAGGGAAGACUCAUUAAUUAACACCAAUUAAUUGCUAAUGUAACCUAGAGUCUUUUAGUUGGUCGUAGUAUGGAAUUUGUCAACAGGCAAGCAAUUCAACAUAUAUAAACAAAGUUAUAAAUAAUAAAUGAAUAUGAACUUAAA